AUGCAGUACACCGAGGGAACUGACCGUCCCAGCCGUUGUGCCUGGGCGACACGCCACUGGGAGCCGUGCGUCAUCGCCUCGUCGGUGGUUCUGGGUGCCGUCCUGGGUUUGUCGCUACAGGGCCAGUCUCUCAAUCAACGGCAUCGCAUGUACAUCGCCUUUCCUGGAGAGGUGUAUGCAAGGAUGCUGGCCAUGCUGUUCGUGCCGCUCAAGGUGUCCUGCAUCGUGGGCUCCAUCGGGAGCACCUCGUACCGCACGGGCGGCAAGAUGCUGCGCUGCGCGCUCGCCUACUGGGUGCUGAGCGCCGCCAGCGCCGCCGCGGUCGCCUUCGGCACCACGCUGCUGCUGCGCGCCGUUCGCAACGAGACCGCCUCGUCGCUGCAGCUCAGUCCCGCGGCGCCGCUCAACGUGACAGCCCUCCGCACCACGGACCUUACCAUGGACAUGAUUCGGGGCCUGUUCCCGCCGAACAUUGUGGACGUGUCCAUGAAAACUUGGCCGUCGAAAGAGGCCCCGCGCGUCAGCGAACUCUGGGCCGACGAGUUGCGAAAGCCGUGCUCGCAGCGGUACCAGGAACGCGACAGCGGCGUCGAUUACGAGAACCCGCUUCGGCGGGUGAGCGGCCUCGGUCUCCUGUCGUUCACCGUCGCCCUGGGCUUCGUGCUGGCGCACAACGCGGACGACCGGAACGUGUUGCUCAACUUCUUCAUCAACCUGAGCAACGGCAUCGCUGCCAUGGGCCGGUUGCUGUCCUGGUUCCUGCCCGUGGGCCUGAUGUCGCUCACGGCCGACGGCAUCCUGGAGGCCGCCGGGAAGCUGCGCUCGGCGCACAGCGUCUCGCUCCUGCUCACCUACUCGCUGAACGUGGUGGUGGCCGUGCUGGUGCACACUUUCAUCGUGCUGCCCCUCAUCCAGUGGCUCCUGGUGCUGCGCUGGAACCGCGGCAUGGUCGGCUUCAUCGGACAGGUGCGGACGCGCCAUCGUUGCGGCACUGCGAUUGGCCCCCAUGACGGCCUCGGUUCCUGGCCGAGCAAAUCAAACGCGACAUGA